AUGCUUGAUAUUCUGGAGCUUUUCUUGAACUUCCAUUUCCUCAGAUACAAAAGAGUUCAUGAGAGUGGUGCUCACAGUUGGCAGAAUCGGGAAGCCAUAAAAAACUUCAACCAAGACAAGCGAUUCUUCUGUGCUAUUCUUUCUUCCCACACUCCUUCCACAGGUGUCAGCCAUGUGGAUGCAAACACCGUUGUCUUCUAUGACACUGAUUUAGAUCCCCUGAUGGAUAAGAAGGCUAAUGAAUGGUGUGAUAAAAUCGCAACAGAGAGAGAUGUUCAUAUAUACAGGCUUGUAAGUGGUAAUUCAGUUGAGGAGAGGCUGUUGAAAAAAGGUAUUAAACAUUUGAUUGAAGAAGUGGCUGCUCAGGGAGGUGAUUGUUCAACAGACCUUUUAACUCAGGUUCUGGGCUCUGAAAAUGGAGAUGAGGAUUCCAGAAGGCUUCCAGAAGUGACACUAUCUGAGAUAAGAAGGGACAGAGAUUCAGAGUGGUCUGCUUCAAGAGCUGCCAUGGCUCCUUCCCAGUUAGAACAGCUGGCCAGCUUUGUGGAGCAGAUGAAGCCAGUUGAAAAGUAUGCCUUGAAUUUCUUGGAGUUGUUUCAUGCUUCAGGUGAUCAAAAAAGCCAGAAAGUCAGCAAGGAGUUCAAGACUGCAAGCAUCAAGUGGGAAUAUCAGCAUGCCAAGAUGCUGGAAAAGGCAAAAGAAGAAUUUCAGCAGGAAGUGCAAGAUGCUCUCUUGACAUAUACCAGACAAGAUGCAUAUAAUGUGGAAUUUGUCUGUGAAGGACCAGAUGGAGAAACAGAAAUAAUGCCUCUUUGGGCUCCCCCUGCUUUACCUGAGACUCAAGAUGAUGUCUACACUGAUCCUGUUAUGUGUCUGAUGUAUACCAGUACCCCAAUUCCGGAGUCUAAGCUUCCACCUCUGUUUGUUAGGAGCACGCGUAAGCGUCAGAGACCAGAUCUGUCAUCCUCAGGUGAGAGAAAGAAGCAUUGCCACAGAAGGAUGGUUGUUCCUCCACCUUCCCUUUUUGAGCAAGUGACUCCGAGAACACUGAAAACACGACAGAAGAGCAAAGCUCAGAAGAGUCUGCUCAGGGUCCAUCAGAAAACAUACUUUGCAAGACCUUCAUCAGCUUUCCAGCUAGCUGCUGCUGCUGAUCAAGAUAGUCCUGCAUGGAUAAUUGCUGAAGACCUGGCACUAUUAAAAGUGGUGAAACAGGUACAGACACUUCCUUUAAACCUCACCACUGUGUCACCAGCACAAACAGCAAACUGGGACUUCGUCAGUGAUGUCAUUAGCUCUAGCAACUAUGCUUAUCGCUCCCCAGAGCAAUGCAAAAAUCAUUACAGAAAAGCAUUUGAAGGGAAGGUGAGUUUCAGCUGA